CAUGUCUACUUCUUCAACACCUACACAAUUAUCCCAACACUUGUUUGAAUCCUUCCAUCCGAGAAAAUUUCUGCAACAUUCGUCUCUUUAUUUACCCGAAUCCCCGGUGAUUUCCCCGGCUCAAGCUAACGAUCAUGGCCUCUUUCAAACCAACUUCGAUGCGAAUGUAAUUUUUGUUCUCUCAGUCCUUAUGUUCAGUGUGUUCACGACUUUGGGGUUGUUUUUCAUCAUGAAGUGUGUAAUUCGAUGCUCGAGUUCUAUUACUGCAACUGCAAACGCAUCGGCCAAGUUGGGGACAGCAGGAGUUGAGAAGAAAGCUUUAAAAGCCUUCCCGACGAUGAAAUAUACAUCCGAGUUGAAACUGCCGGGCUUGGACUCGGCUUGUGUUAUAUGCUUGUCCGAGUUUGUUGCGGGGGAACGUGUGCGGAUUUUGCCGCAGUGCAACCACGGAUUUCAUAUUCGAUGCAUCGAUAAAUGGCUUAGUUCGCACUCUUCGUGUCCUACGUGCAGACACUGCCUGACUGCAACGGACCAAAAGACUGGUGUUGACUGCAACAGGACAGAGUCAUUGGUACAGUCUGGUCCGGUGCAAGAAAUUGUAUAGCAGCAAAGAGGUAGAAAAAUUGGGAAUCUUAUAAGGCAUAAUUAGAGGGAUUUAAAAGGCAAGCU